UAACUCACCUAACUCACCUAACUCUAACUCACCCAACUCACCUAACCCCUACACCCCCGAUUAGGCCCAGGCGACAGAACAGUCGACCCACCAUUCCAAAGUGGAGAAAGUCUUCUACAUUACCUCCCCUUCAUCUUUCCACCUCCCCCAAACCCCACACCUAUCGUCCAUCAUUUGCACACUUUCAUACUUACUCUUACUUUACAUACUACAUACACACACAUACAUACCGUUGCCUGCGCCAUCUUCUCUCCUCGACAUUCAAUCCGUCUGUCUAAAUUCUCUUACCUAUCUCGCUCUCCGCCUACUGUCUCAUCGAUCGCCACCCGCCGCCGUUACAAAGCUUAGGCUCCAUCCCCCACAAAGCUCUCGCGUGUCGCCUUUCAAAAGCUCAUUGCCACAAACAAUCGAUCCGCCACAACAUAUCCUGUGUCGCGUUGACCUUGCAAUACCCUGAGAGAGUCUGAUCUGACAAUUUCGACCCCAUACCUCACAUACGCCGACUGCCAUUAUUGCGACGGGAUAUAACUCCCUAGGCUAGGCUGUCGCGUCCCCUCUCUCCAGACGACAAUGGGCAAUGAAUAGUUGAGGCGAAUUCAGCCUUCUUUAUCCUCUCAGGGGGCCCGAACAUUUCAUUCGGGUUAUUAGAAUAGGAGAAUCUAGACUUUGAAAGGAUCGCGAUCUGCAUUGGCGGAGGAAUAUAUCACUCCUCGGCCGUACAACAUAUUAAUACGACAUGAACUCUGGAGCGAAAACCCGGCCGGCGGGCAAAUUCAACCAGUCAUCCUACCCCACCACAAUGUCAGCAAGCAACCCCUCCAUUUUGCUCGACAAAGUCAACGGGAGACGAUCCACUCCUGACUCUGAGGCUCUGGCAAGCUCUGACGAUGAGGGUGACACCCAGCAGCGGCAGGAGAAUACCAUACCGACAGCAGCGCCUCAUAAGCCUGUUCGUCGCGCCUCCUGGCUGAAUGAUACCACCCAGCCUUUGAGCCAGCCUCGUAAGGGCUCUUUCGCAAGCAGCACAAUUUCACCAACAACCUCACAUCCCACUACCCCAUCUACCGAGACAGGCGCAUGGGGUGCGCAUACGUCCACAUCAUCUGCUACAGCUACUGGCCGCGUCCCUCCUGGAUCCACAUCAUUUCCCUGGGGAUCUGGGAUCUGGAAUACUGAAGCCAGAAAAGACGCACCCCAUAGGUUGUCAGAGGUCCUUCCGUCACCAACCAGUCUGACAGGCGGAUUCGCCAAUAAUGGCCUCUUCAACACAGACAACAGUAAUUCUCAGGGCCUCGCUACCUCUCGCGAUGCACCUGCAGAGACAACAAUACCUUUCGCAAUUCCUCUUCAUCCAACCCCGAAGACAUAUCGCUCCCAGUCCUACUCUGUCGGGCAACUCGACUCCGAGAGCAAUGUUCCUGGUGCGGGCAUUCUGCCAGGCCCUGGCUUCAACGCCCGCGUACGCGGAAUGCACCAUUCAGGGUUACAGCACCGACCAUCAAGGCCCAGCAUGCUAAGUGAGGUAUCAGGUGACGGAACUGGGCUGGGAAAGCUUAAGGAAGUUGACGACGACGACCUGGAAGAGUUUGACAACAUGGCCCACGGCUCGCAGCUGCAGGACCAGGCCAAGGUGCUGGAGGCACUGGCGCGAGAGAAUGCAAUGCUCCGUAAGCAGAACUAUCACAACUCAAGGCUUAGGCCGAGAGCUGCUACCAGCACAUCCCUUGCUUCCUUCCAGCCCGGCUAUACAUACGGGUUGCAAGAUAUGUUGCCAGAAGAAUCCGACUAUGCCAUCGAUGAGAUGGAUGAGAUGGGCGAGCUUCAAGACAUCGGAAAUAAAUCGAUGCUUGCACGCCGACUGAGCGAAUAUGGUGAGGGCCAACUAGGAAGAGGAGGAUAUGGCGCAGCCGAGAACCAGAAACUUGAGAAUGUGAAAAAGGCGAUUUGGCAGAGCUCAUUGGGGUUUGGUGGAUUAUCAGACAUCUCUCAAAGUCGCAGACACUCGUUUGCUGACGUCCCGACCCGCCAUGCUUCUGUAGGCUCUGUGGGAGAACAGAUGCCAGGCCGUGAAAAUGGCCAUCAAGAGCAAAUAUUGCCUCAAGAUGUGCAGUCACGCUAUGCUGACUCCACUGAUUAUACGAUUAAUGAUCAUGGUAAGCUUGCACCUUCUACAACCGCUCACCAUUUCCUUUCGCCUGGGGCCAAUUAUUCACGCGGGGGAAAUACAGCAGUAUCAUAUUUCGGCGGCGCACCCGUCCAAGCAAGAAAUACCGAGGCAUAUGGAUUACCGCCCUAUCAACAAGCCUCUGCCUAUCAACCUUACCCUGUGGCCCCAGCCUAUGGCAGCGCGCAGCCAACCUCUCCUCAUCGCAACAUCUACAGUGUACCUCAGCCACGGCAGAAUCAACUUCUCUAUAUCGUGCUCUUCAAGUGCUCAAGAGCCGACGUUUUCUACGUCCAAGAAGGAACUGGGCUCUCUGUCAAACCCGGUGACCUUGUGAUUGUAGAGGCGGAUCGUGGAACUGAUCUAGGCACGGUAUCCCAAGACAAUGUUGACUGGGCCACAGCGAAAGAAUUGAAAGAGCAUUACGCUGAAGAACACUACAAGUGGCUUAUGAUGUACUCGCAAGGUGCAGUUGGCACUGCCGAUGGAACAGGCGCGGGUUUGAUGGCCGCCUCAAAUGGACUUCAGGGAAGUGCCGUUGGUGGGAUGGGUCCUCCCACUCAACAUGGAAUGCAAGAGCCAAAUCCUGGAGAACUAAAGCCAAAAAUCAUCAAGCGUUUGGCGCAGAACCAUGAGAUACAGGCUCUCCGGGACAAGGAAGGGAAUGAAGCCAAGGCAAAGAGAGUUUGCAUGCAGAAAGUAAAAGAGCACGGUCUCCACAUGGAAAUCCUUGAUGCUGAAUUUCAAAUGUAAGUCUCAUGCUAUUUCUUACUUCGUUCUUAACUAACAAUACAUUAGGGAUUGGAAAAAGCUCACUUUCUAUUACUUUGCGGAUGCUUAUAUCAACUUCAACUCCCUGGUUACGGAUUUGUUCAAGGUCUAUAAGACCAGAAUCUGGAUGUCUGCCAUAAAUCCGGCGUCAUUUGCUACCCCAAGCCUGGGACUUCAAGCCCCUAGCGGAGUCGGCCCAGGUGCAGUUGGUGCGAAUAGACACACCCAGGUCGAGAGAAGACCACAGCAGCCACCCCAGCAAGAGCAGCCCAACUUCAAUACCUUGAACCAAGGUGGUCGAGGAUACAAGCCCGGGGCUGCUAAUGCUUUUCAGCCCACACUUGAUAAGCCCAGCGUGUCCCAAACUUCGUUUCAGCAGCCGUUCACUUACGGCCAUUCGGCAUUCACCCCAGCCCCACGUAACGCUCCAGGCAAUUAUGGCCCGAAUAUGAUGCAGCAGAUGGAGUCGUUUUCUCAAUUGCCAACUGCAGCAGAUUAUCACGGAGUGCCUGAUCGCUUCCUACCAUCCCAUACAACUGGUAAUGGCCAAGAUCCUGGCGAUUUUAGCCGACCAGGGGGUGACAACGAGGGCUGGAUGAAUUCUUUUCAACGACUGUCGCUCAACAGCCGUUGAUUGACCAGUUUUAUUCGCCGUUAGUUUGAUAUACAUUUCCUACUGGCCUCCCCGUCGGAGGCCAUCUGCGAUUCUUUGCUUUAAUACGAUACACCACCAUAAGGCCGUAACCCUGACGGUGAGGAUUUCGGGUACUUCAUUGGUCGCUCAUUUUUAAGCACCUUCUUUACCGGUAUACCACACACAGAAAUGGGAAGGGCCAAUUAACGACUGAUGAAGGGAGAUCGCUAGGGAGGUAGUUAUAGAUAGAUUUGCAAUUGGGGGCGUCGUCGUUUUUUCACCGUAAACAGAGUUGGGUAUACAGAGGCUUUCGUGCUGGGCUCAAAAGGGGUAUCUGCAUGGUGUUUCAAUUGUCUGCCUUUUUGAUAAAUUUGGGCAAUUUGAUGGCGGGAUUUGCGUUUAGUGGGUUGACUAGUUACACAACUAUGAUAUGAAUGGAUAUUCUAGACU